AUGGAGCCGGCCUGGCUGUGGCUGCUGGGAGCGGGGAUCCUGGCCUCCGCUCAUGGAGACAAGAGUCCGGGGCUGCCUCCAGCCCCCGGGGCUGGGCUCCCGGAGCCAGCGCCCGCCUACCACCGAGUCACACCCACCAUCACCAGCUUCGCCCUGCGCGUGUACAAGCAGCUGGCCGCGGAGAGCCCGGGCAACAUCCUCUUCUCCCCGGUGAGCGUGGCCAGCGCCCUGGCCCUGCUCUCCCUCGGGGCCCGCGCGGACACCUCGGCCCAGAUCCUGCAGGGCCUGGGCUUCAACCUCACGGAGACCCCGACGGCCAGCGUCCACCGCGGCUUCCAGAGCCUCAUCCACGCGCUGGACCUGCCCAGCCCCAAACUGGAGCUGAAAGUGGGCCACGCCCUGUUCCUGGACAGGCAGCUGAAGCCGCGGCAGCGCUUUCUGGACGCCGUCAGGGAGCUGUACGGAGCCUCCGCCUUCUCUGUGAACCUCACGGACUCUGCCGCGGCCCGGAGGCACAUGAACGGCUACGUGCAGAAGCGGACGUACGGGCAGGUGGUGGGCUGCCUGCAGGAGGUCAGCGAGGACACGCCCCUGGUGCUCCUGAACCACAUCUUCUUCAAAGCCAAGUGGAAGCAUCCUUUCCAUCGCUACCAGCCCCAGAAGCAGGAGAGCUUCUCCGCGAACGAGAGGCCGCCGCUCCGCGUGCCCAUGAUGCAGCAGAAGGAAAUGCACAGGUUCCUGUACGACCCGGAGCGGGCCUGCACGGUGCUGCAGGUGGAGCACAGCGGCAACGCGCUGGCCCUGCUCGUCCUCCCGGACCCGGGCCGCAUGCAGCAGGUGGAGGCCGCUCUGCAGCCCGAGACGCUGCGGACAUGGAGCCAGCUGCUCCCGCCCAGCCUGCUGGACCUGCACUUGCCACGGUUCGCCAUUUCUGGAACCUACAACCUGGAGGAGAUUCUUCCCCACAUCGGGCUCAGCAACGUUUUCAACUUAGGAGAGGACCUGCUGGGAGCCCCAGGGUGGCUGAACGGAACCAUCUUCCGGGUGUCGCACAAGGCAGCCAUGGACAUGAGCGAGCGGGGAACCAAGGCCGGGGCUGCCUCCGGCCUCCUCUCCCAGCCCCAGCCUCUGAACGUGACGUGGGCCCCCCACGCCCAUUUCAACAGGCCUUUCCUGGUGCUGGUGUGGGAGGUGGCCACCCAGAGCUUACUCCUCCUGGGCAAGGUCGCCAACCCGGCUGCGGGCUGA